GCCGCCCCGACGCUCCCCUACUCGCCACGCUCCGUGCCGGUCGCCGGCUAUCAUGAGCGGUUGCCCCGAGCCCCUCUCGGAUCUCGGCGGCGGAUCCACAUCGCAGUCCCCCUCGAAUGGACGCCGCUUCUCGACCCGCCGUCGUCAUUGACAACGGGACCGGGUACACCAAAAUAGGUUUUGCUGGCAAUGUUGAACCAAGCUUUGUCAUUCCUAGUGUUGUUGCUGUCAAUGAAUCUUUCUUGAAUCAGUCAGAAGGUCGCAAUAUGGGAAAUUAUAUAGCACAAUACAAUUCUGGAAUAAUGGCUGAUCUCGACUUUUUUAUUGGAGAAGAGGCUGUCUCAAAGUCUCGUGCUAGUGGAAUUUACAAUCUCAGUUAUCCUAUACAACACAGUAAGGUUACAAACUGGGACACUAUGGAAAAAUUUUGGCAACAGUGUAUCUAUAAUUACCUAAGUUGUGAUCCUGAGGAUCAUUAUUUUCUCUUGACGGAGAGCCCAAUCACCUCUCCAGAAGAUCGUGAAUACAUGGGAGAAAUCAUGUUUGAAACAUUUAACGUCCCUGGAAUGUAUAUAGCACUCCAGCCUGUCCUUGCCCUUUCUGCUGGGUGCUCAACCCCCAAGCCUCAAAUGACAGGAGUUGUAGUUGACAUCGGAGAUGGAGCCACCCAUGUUGUACCAGUUGUAGAUGGCUACAUUAUUGGGAGUAGCAUCAAAUCUUUUCCAAUUUCUGGCAGUGAUAUAACGCAGUUUGUUUUACAACUUCUGCGGGAAAGGGGAGAGCUUAUUCCACCUGAAGAUUCUUUUGAAAUAGCUCAGAAGGUGAAGGAAAUGUACUGUUAUAAUUCAUCAAGUAUCAUCAAGGAGUAUAGCAAAUAUGACAAAAAACCUGAGAAGUACAUCAAGCAAUGGACUGGUGUUAAACCAAUGACUGGAGUGCCGUUUUCAUUUGACAUUGGUUAUGAGCGCUUUCUUGGACCUGAGGUGUUCUUUCAUCCUGAAAUCUGUGUUGAUGAUUUCAGAACUCCCUUACCUGAUGUAAUUGAUAUGUGUGUUCAGUCAGCACCAAUCGACACUAGGAGGGGCUUAUAUAAGAACGUAGUUUUAUCUGGGGGAUCAACCAUGUUCAAAGGUUUACAGAAAAGAUUGCAAAUGGAUUUAAAGAAGAUAGUUGAUGAUCGAAUUGCUGAAUCCAAUGCUCGCCUUGGUGGGGAUGUCAUAUCUCAUCCUGUGGAGGUCAAUGUUGUCAGUCACCCUGUCCAGAAGUUUGCAGUUUGGUUUGGAGGUUCUGUAGUUGCAUCUCUACCUGAAUUUCAUGAGUCUUGUCAUACAAAAGAGGAUUAUGAUGAAUAUGGAGCAAGCAUAUGCCGUACUAGUCCCAUCUUUAAGGGGAUGUAUUGACAUGUACAACUGUUGCUGAUUUGAAUAUGUAACACAUCUUCCAAACCGCAAGAAGCAUUUCUGGGCUUUAUUUAAUCCAACUGUUUGGUUGCCCUGGUGAUGUACAAUAGAUUCUGCGUGAAGCAGCAUUGUAAUGUCAUCAUUUGAUUCAUUUCUUAGAUGUAGGCCACAGCUGUAUAACAUCUACUGGUAAGCUAUUGCAAACAUGAUUCAGGUGGGAUUAUGAUUUGUUACUCAGCUGCUCAAAAAUUACAAAAUGGGAAUGGUGGCUAAUAACAGAUCAUUUUAUCAAAGACAAGCACAAGCAACAACUGGCACCAUUGCACAUACUGCUGAUACUUCAGCAUUGUUCCUGAGAUAUCGCAAGGCCUGCUUGGAGAAAAUGCUAUCAACUACAGUCCCAGUGAUGAUGGCUUGCAUUACCAACACAAACUUAUGCAUCUCCUGGUUUGUAAUCUAUGUUCUUGAAUAUUUAUUGACUGAUCAUGCUUGCUUUUGGACAGCAUGGGAUAUUGAGAGUCUUAUGUGUUGAUUCUUUUAUUAUUCUUUCCCAUUGUGAAGCUUGUUCAAUUAUGAUAUUGUAUUUUGCUCACAGCAAAAUGUUGUUA